AUGGCCUAUGAGACAGAGGAUCACAAGACUCAAUACUGCUUUCCUGCCAUCAACUCAUCAUUGGGUACUGUGUUUCUGAACCUGCUGGUGAUCAUCUCCAUCUCUCACUUCAAGAAGCUUCAUACUCCAACCAACCUGAUCAUUCUCUCUCUUGCUGUUGCUGAUAUGCUUGUUGGACUAAUUGUCAUGCCUAUACAGGCCAUCAAGUUGAUUGAGACUUGCUGGUACUUUGGAGACACUUUCUGUACACUGUUUAUGUUAAUCAUGGGACUGCUUCUCUCAGCAUCUCUCAGUAAUUUAGUUUUAAUUGCCAUUGAUCGUUUUGUGGCUGUGUGUUACCCUUUACAGUACCCACAGAAAAUUACCAUAAUAAGAAUGUUAAUUAUUGUCUGUCUUUGCUGGUUUUUUUCUUUAGCUUAUAAUAUUGCAAUUGUAAUAAGUAUCUCACACAGAACAGAUGUGUGUUAUGGUGAAUGUAAUAUUAUGCUUACAUUUGAAUGGAGAAUAAUUGAUUUAAUAUUUUCCUUCCUGUUUCCCUGUACCCUAAUCAUAACUUUACAUUUAAGGAUAUUUUAUGUUGCACAAAAGCAAGUGAAAGUCAUAAACUCUCUAAUGAAGAGUGGUAAAUGUGUAAUGGAAGGUUCAGUAAGAAGGAAAUCUGAGAGCAAAGCUGCUCUUACAUUAGGAAUCAUUGUGGCAAUUCAUCUGCUUUGCUGGAUUCCAUACUAUAUCUUGACUUUAACUGAAAACACAGCAAUCCCACCCACCAUACUAUAUUGUCUAAUAUGGGUCUUAUACAUUAACUCAUGUGUGAAUCCUCUUAUCUAUGCAUUAUUUUAUCCCUGGUUUAGAAAAUCAAUUAAAUACAUCUUAACGUUUCGAAUAUUUCAGCCAGCAUCCUCUCGGGUCAAUAUUUUUACAAAUCAUCAUUCAUGA